GUGUGAUUCGGGUGUGUGGAAUUGUUUAAUAUAGCCGAUGGAAUUCCGUCGCUUUGGACAUAAAUUCAACUGAAUCCAGCAUGGAAAACUCAGACAACAACUAUACAGCUGUUCCGAUGGAACAAAGGCGACCUAACAGCGAUCACAAAGAACAUGCCUUGGAAAAACCUUUUGACGAAGAGUUCUGGGUGAAGGUGAGUGGCACGCUUUCGCUUUUAUCCAUGCAGUUUGUUUUGAUUACUAAAACAUAAUUUCUUGAUCUUCACAAACACUAUUUUCAUGGGCUUGCUGUUUGUAUUUACUCUAAACCUCAUAAUAGAUCAUGUAAACACAAAUAAGUUGCGUUUGUCAACUAAAGGAUCGUGUUAUUUAUUCCUAAGUUGAAUCUUAUCGCAAGCAUGUUAUAUUUAAUAUAACAAUCGUAGGAUUGAAUGAAAGCUAAUAUACCAUAGCAUUCCUUUUGAGCUAGAUGGUUUGGUUACAGUUUAUUCUUGGAUAUACGCUGUGUGAUUAACGAACCUCUUUGUUUUUCUCGUUUGAAAUUUGGCUAUUAAACGUACAGCGUUGAAAAGCAUACAAUCCUUGAUUUUUCGAAUAUAAAUGUCAACUGUCACUUAACUUUUCAUUCGCGUUCGAUGUUUCUGACAUGAACUGCCUUUGAAUCACUUAUGAAGGCAGUGAAGUCUGUUGUAAUUGUUGAUAAUGCCUUCUCUUGGAAGAUAUCAAGGAAUAACUCAAUUGUGAUGACUGCUGUCAUCCUUUCUUCCUUUCUUUUAACUCAUUAAUUCCCAUAAGUGUUCAAUACAGAAAUUCUCUUUACAAUAUCAAUACAACAUCAAGCCAACAAGUGAUGGGAAUAAAGCAAAAUAUCAGUCAGGGGUUAAAUAGUUGAUCCAAUGCCAAAUUCUCACAACUAACAUCACAAGAAUUGUAUGACAAACAGUAAGGAGGAAUUUGCUUCUGAGAUCUUGGAGAGGAAGUGCUCAGAGUGGAGUGAUAUGUACCUCACUUAUCUCAGAUGACUCUUAAGCCAAGACACAAAACAGCUAUAAAAGCUUGUGCAACAGGUUUCGCUGGCAAAGCAUAUGAUAUACAAGUAUACUGUAUCCAAAACAAGUCAUAAUUCAGGGAUCAUAUUAUUGCUGUGCAUGCAGUACCAUUUGCAAACUGUAUGGUUCCAAUAUAUCCAAUUUGCUCUUACUCUACUUACUAGGUAGCAAUACUGUUGUUGUUAACUCUUCAACCUGUUAUAGUGACUAGUAUCUUAUUUUUCCUUACAAUAUCAGCCCCGAAUCAUAUAUUAAGUAAACCCUUAAGCCCCUAAGAGUGACCAGCAUCUAAUUUCUCCUUACAGUAUCACCCCUGAAUCAAACCUAAAAGUUAUGAGAAUAGAGAAGAUGAUCACCAUAAAGCACCUCUUGAUUGUAAAACAAAUUCUCCUUCUCAGCUUCUUUGGAAAUGUAUAGAGAACAGUAUGGAGUUUAUGCAUACUGAUGUUAGGGUGUAAAAGAUUAAGGUCACAAGAACAAAGGAAAUCUGCUCCGAUGCAUUUUUUUUUUCUUCUCAGAAUUAUAAAUCUUACCAGACUAGGUUUGCUUUGCACAUCUCUCUUCUCCAGAGCACACAUGUAGUAAGUGAACAGAUCUGACCUUUGAAAAUAUUUUAACUAUAAGGUACAAGAAAAGUUUAAUGCAGGAGACGUGUCGUGGAAUAGAGCCAUGGAUGAAGUUCGCACUGACAGACUGAUAGCUGUUCAUGGUAGAAACACCCUCUUGGUGAUCAUUCGUGAUUGGCCAAUCAGUGAAAAGUAUAGAGAUAAACCAGAACUGAUAGCAAGUCUCGAAUACCUGGUAUGUAUCGACAAAGUUUGCGAUGGUAGUAUUGACUCUUUAGGUAUGGGCUGUAUUUACAAUGUAUCUAUGGUGUGGUAAAGACAUCUUGCUUGCCAAAAUCCCUAAAAUGUCAGAUUUUGUGUGGCUUUCAUCGGCAUAAAGCUACAACUAGUAUUGUUACUCCCCACCUCCUCCUCCUAUAUAUGGGAUGCUGGCCCAUGGCAGGCUCAACCUUCCAGAAUUUUGUCAGGUAUCUCUGGUGCAGUAGUUUGCCAGCAAUCAUUUGUUUUCCUAAACAGAGAGAGACACCCCCUGAGGGUAAAUUGUCCUUCUCAAGAACACAACACAUUAUUACGCAAGGUGGACUCUGAUCAAGACUUUUCAAAAUUGAUUGCAGUGAAUGACAAUGUAUUAGGCAGGAUAUAAUCACUUUAACCCUCUGAUCCCCUAAGAGUGAUUAGCAUCCAAUUUCUCUCAACAGUAUCAUCCCUGAAUCAAACAAUAAGGUCACGAGAAAAAGAAAAUGAUAACCAACUGAAGAGGCUCUUGAUUGUUAAACAAAUUCUCCUUGCCAGCACUUGAGGAAAUGUAUAGAGAACAUUAUGGAGAAUAUGCAUACUGAUGUUAGGGUGUGAAGGGUUAUGGGGCCCAGGCUUGACCCAAAUUGGAGUGUUCCACUUUGGUUGGUAAGACAACAUGCUAGAUCACAAAGAAAAACCAACAGUUUUGCUUUUUUUCUCUUGUGAAAGUCAGCAUUCAAAAUCUCCACAAGAACUGAUAAAGAUAUCCUUAACUGUCUUACAUGUACUUCCUUCUUCACAGAUCAGCCGUUUUACUGAAAUUAUUUUGGACAAAGACAAUGACGAAGAGUACAAGUAUUUCCGUGUGGAUGAAGACUUUGCUCGUCCAACUUUGCUUCACCUGGCUGCAGAACAGAAUUUUCUUCAUGUGACCAAGUUGCUUGUUGAAAAGUACCCUUCACUUGUUUACCUAGAAACAGAGGAAGUGGCUGGUGAAAGGCCAUAUUUACCUGUUGAAAAAGCUCUGAUGUCACACAAGGAUGAAACAGCGGCCUAUCUGAUAUCGCAGAUGAAACAUGACUGGUCAGUACAGGAACCCUGUUGACUCACAGUGUUCUGAUUUGGGAUAAAAGUAUAGGAAAAAAUGGUUUGAUCUCAGUAACAUUGUUUGGAAUUUUUUCUUCCAUAAUAUUGAUAUUAUAAUAUGAUAUCAUUACAUUGUACUGGUAGAAGAAAUUUUAUUUGAUUGAUAUUCACUUAUUGGUUGUUUUUAACUAUGAAUUUACGUUCAUUGAAUUUUUAACAUUUUUAGAAAGGGAGUGAAUUAUCCACAGUAUUUCAACUUGACAAGAUUCUGUUUUUCACAAAUAAAGGAUAAUAAGAUAAGAUUUCAUGCUCAGAAAAAGUAAUUAAAAAAAAAACUCUGACAUUAUAAUAUUAAAAUUUCAAGUUGCACUAUUUUUGUCAUCAUUUGAUGGCUUGAUUUUUUUGUAGGCUAUAAAUGGCUAUUGCCCUGAUUUGGAUGAAUAAUUGUGCUGUGUUGUUCUUGAGGAAAGUAUUUUGUUUUUAUUUUCCAGGGUCCAUGAACUGUUUUUGUAUGACAAUGACAUGAGGUUGAAGAGAGCCAAAUUUAAAUUUACGGAGAUCAUCAGCCAUAGAGAUCCAGAAACAAAGAAACUGGACAUGCAGGUAUAAAAUACUAUUUAUAAACAAAUUAAUGUUAUGUUUCCUCACCUUACCACCUCUCCAAAAACUCCAGGAAAUACAUUGUUUAGUGGGGUUAUUUUGAAACAGUAGGUGACAACUGCGCAUUUAGGUCUUCAAUAGAGACAAAUACUCCCCCCCUCCUCUACUGAAAUAGCAUAAAGAGCAACCUCCCCCUCCCCAAUGGAAUGCUAGUCCAAUUUAGUUACAUCUCCACCCCUCCCUCCCAUGAUUCUAUCAGAUUUCCUCUAUUCUUCAUUUGGGACCUGUUAAAUAUCCUGGAUGGAAUAAGAAAGAAAAUGAGCAAUGAGUGACAGAGAUGGAAAUGAGCAAGCGAAGUGUCUUGUCCAAGAACACCAGCAAGAGAAUUAGACUAUUUCCUUUAAAUUUUCUCACCAGAAAACAGUUGUAGCUGUAUUAGAUCAGCUUGUCAACCCUCACUGGCCAUACCUUCCAGAGAAGAUAAAGGAGACAGGAGAGAAAAGUGAUCGUAUCGAAAGGGCAUGGAGCAGUGUUCCUGAUGAUCCAUUAAAUUAUGAUUUUUUCUAUCAUGUGCUGGAAGCUGAUGACCUGGGACAGGAACCAAAGGAUGAUGAAGGGAACUUGAUUGAGGAGUUUAAUACAAAGUCUAUGUCCCCCCUUCGAUGUAUUGCAGAAAGUGAUGAUAAGGUACCUAAAAAACUAUUCAUACUGUGAAACAUACUGUGUGCUUUUGGUAGGCUGUUGGUCAAUACAAUGUUGAAUGCAAUUUGUUGCAAUUUAUGGUCACAGUAAAUUUUUGUCAAUUCCCCCCCCCCCCUCCUCCCCUGCCCUGAACCCAAACCCCCAAAAGGAGGAGCAGCCUUUUGGAGGCUCUCACUUUAUGGAAGUAACUUGUUUUCACUCACUAAUAGCCUAGCUUGGGUUAAAAGAGUGGAUAGGUAACGUAUUCCGUUUUCCAGAGUUAGUUCCCAAUUCUUCAACUUGCAGCUACAUGUACACUGUAGCAAGUGGUGCAAACUGGGAUAUUGAGGCAGCUUGCUCGUAACGGUCACUUUGAAGGCCUCUGUCUAAGCUUAUGUUUCGUUAGAAACAAUCUUAAAGUUUCUACAUUUUGUUGAUAACAUCAAAGGAAUAUUUCAGUGACAGAAAAUGGUAAAAACCGAUUAAGAAUAGGAAUUGCAAUGGAGGAAACAAGAAAUAAUUCUUAAAGCACUGAAAUAUGGUAAAUUUUACAAGGAGAAAUAGGAAGAUUGUUUAUAUAAGAAGAGCGAGACUUGGCAAAAUGAUAUUCUGAAAGGAAGAGAGAAGGAACUGAUGCGUUCCUUUUAGGAAAAAAAAAGGGGAAGAAAAUAAUUAAUUUUUAGCCUUCGGAGAGACUCGAACUCUCGACCCCUGGUUUACAAGACCAGUGCUCUAACCACUGAGCUACAAAGGCUGAGAUGAGAAAGAGAUGUCUUUAUUUUUGUUGAUAUAUAUUUGGUUUCAUUCCAAACUAGCCAAAGCAGUUGUUAGGUGACCUACAUAUUUGUCGUGUCGCUUAUAAGACCAUAGUAAUCGAUAAACUUGUAUACCAUAAUUUUUUUGGUGUGUUUCUGUACCUCAGUCCUCAGUUUGAAGUUGUGUCUGAGGAUAUUUAGUGACUGAGACGUUUUAGUGCUUGUGGUUUUAUCAAGCUAUUUUUAUCAGCAGUAUACUGUUUUCCUGGGAGGUAAAAAAUAUUCCAGGAAAAAAAUUAUAGAUCUGCUCUGUUAAGUAGCUUAUUGCGGUGAGAUCUUCAACGAAAAUUUAAACAGUGAUUUCCAUUUGGAAUCCUUUUAUUAGAUUAUUGUCAUUCUUGAGAUGCAACAAUUCGCGAUGGACAAGCAAUCCUUGCAAAAUAUAACGAUUUUGUUCAAAUUUAGUAGCGAAACUAAUGGUUCCAGUAAUGCGCCAGUUUCGUUGACUUCCGUUCUUACCAUCUCAAACCUUACCAAAACCACCCUACUUAACCUCGUUUAACACAACCAAUACAACUAUUCUUGCUAUUUUUAUAUGUUCUCCCAUCUUAUCCCUGUUCCAUGCUUCAUGCGGCUUGACUUUGAGUUGAACUGUACCCGGAAUAAGUGCAAUUUUUUUUCAGAAAAAAUAAUUAUAGAACACUUAUAGGUGGGCAGUGUGACAAUCGUCGGUAACUUAAUCGAGAGUGUAUUUCGAUUGGGCGUCGCGAGAACAAAAGCAAGGCAAUCAAAACAGGAAAUCAGAACAAAGAAAAAGUUUAAACGAAAGCCAAAAGGAGUUUAAGUCAGAAAAGAGACAGAAUAAAUAUUUAAGCGCGGGAAAACGCGAGCGACCAAAUUGUGAUGCAGUUCAGUUUUGCAUCUUAUUGGUCGAGAAGUUGGCGCACGCUUUCCUGAUCAAUCACAGGGCGGAGCAAGGGAAACUUGCAAAAUCCCGCCUUAUUUCUGACACUCAGUGAAAAAUUGCUCGAUAUCUUUGAGUUGAGGCCGUUGUUUGGAUAUAAUAGCAAUAUAUAUAAUAUUUAGCAAAGUAACAAUGAAGACCGUAUUGACAUCACUGUUUUUUUUUCUUCAUUUUAGGAGGCGAUUCAACAUCCUGUGGUGCGAAUGUUGGUUAUGAGGAAAUGGAAUACGUUUGGUCAUUGGUGGUUUUGGUAAGAAUUUUGAAUUACCGUUCGCUCGAUGGAUUCGCACGUUUAAGCACAGGUGUCCCAGCCCACGUCUCGAUGAAAGCAAACGACUUUUUCCAGAAUUAAAAUUCAUGAAAGCAUCAUGCAUUGUGUGACGCGGUGUUAAGUUACGAGAGGAAUCGUUGAGAAUUUUAAUACGUUAUAUGGAAUAGUAAGGGGGAACGAAAUAUGAUCGAUUUACAACGAUAAAUAUUUCGAAAUAUGAACAUUUUACACGUAAAAUCAACAGAACUUACUCACAUCUUGUAUGUCCGUUGUGGUCUCUGCCUUUCUCUGCCGUUUAAAGCUUGCUUUGCCAUCACUGCUAUUACUUUUAUAAGGCGUCUUAUACGUUUGCUUUCUCUCGAGACGUGAGCUUGGGACACCUGUGGUUCAAUAUGCUGUUGGUCCCGUGAACUUCCCUUUGAUCUGAUUGUUAAUUCUCCCCUUUAGCUGUUACACAUUUCCUUGUAAAUUAGUUACGAGAAUUUGGUGUUAGAUCAAGAUGACAACUUCAACCUGAUAAGUCAGUAUUCUCAUUACCUUUUUGCUGGAUAGUGUUUGGAUAUAAUGGGGAGAAGUUACGUGUUAAUCACUUCUGGUAGUUACAGGGUCAAGACAAAUAGCCUAUAAACAUAGUUUGGAAAAAUCUAAAACCGGUUCUUUUUUCUGAGAAGCUCAAAUAAUUACGUCUUGCUCGUAACACAAAUACGCAUUCACUACAGAUGUGCUGCAGUAAAUGUCACUCCCACGAAUGUUAUCUUUCUCCAUUUCAGCGUUCAAGCGUCUUUCUACAUCGUGUUUCUAACACUGUUAUCAUACGCCCUCAUCUACGCUUCCACCCUUGAAGAUCCAACACAGUACAGUGGUCGUGCGGACGGUCUGCGUGCGUUCUGUGAAGUUAUCACUAUUAUCUUUCUGAUGUUUUAUUUCUUCGAAGAGAUCAACCAGGCCGGACGGUGAGUCCAGAAAACUCGCAGUUUAGAGUCAUUUUCAGCUGUCAUCCAGGAUUUUAUGAACUUUUGAACUGAACUUUAGUACGCUCUUGGCUGAUCCUUUUAACCAAUCAAAUACAAGAAUAAAAUCAAUUGCGACUUGGACACUGGCGCUAUCCUCUCAACCAAUCUUCGUGCUGUCUUUUUAACCAAUCAGAUGCAAGAGUGAAACCAAUCGCGACUGCGUUUCCCCGCGCUUCAGACAGUGUGCUUGUUUUCUCGUCGAGUUUUUAUCGGCUCCUUGUGUUUUUUUCCUUUGUUAUGAUUGACUUUUAACUUACUUCGGGUUUGGUUUUGUGACAUGCUAUACAGCUGUGAACAGAAGUAAGACUAAAGCUAUCUUAGUCAUUUCCAAUAUCUCUUGAAUCUUUCAAGCCAUUUCACAUCGAUUGCUCUUUCUGUAAGACCAGGGAAAUAUGGAAGCUUUUCUUUACGAAUCAACAACAUUGACAAAUUUCUAUAGUUUAAAAAAAAUCCGUUUGCGAGUGGGAAUUGACUAAUUGUCUUAGUCCACACAAACACGUGAUGUAAAUGGAGCCAUUUCAUGGGAAGAUCGUCUUAACCUACACUGAAUUUUAAUUUUUUUUCUUCUAUAGAACGGAAUCUAUUUGGAAUAGAUUUCAAGGUUGUUAAUUGUGUUCUAACAGCCCAAGAGGUUCAAGUAACUGUCAGUUUAACUGCUGUGUUUAUUUUCAGGGAGUGGAAAACUUAUUUCAAGGAUCCGUACAAUUAUUUUGAUUGGUUGGGUCUCAUUUUGACCUUCCUUGUGAUUCCUUUUCGAUUUGCCGAAGUCAGAUCUCAGUGGAGUGUGGCAGCCCUCGGUUAUCUGUUUAAUUUUCUCCGACUUUUCAAGUUUUCGUGCGUUACAAGGUAUUCAUGAUUUGUCAAUUUACAAUCCUUGUCACAAUUGUUGAAAUAUUUCCCCUUUCCCUUUGUUCAUGUUGAUAGUGGGACUAUAGGACCGCCUGUAGAAAACUCAAACUGGAAGGGGAGUGGAGUGUUACAAGGGAUCUUUGCGAUUAAGGCCUUACUAACCUUUUGCAACUUCAUCCGUUCAAACAUUUUAAUUCUAUCUCUUGAUGAGUAGAACAUGGUGUUCUAAAGAUUGUGGAGUACAAUGUCUAACUCACAACAAGAGGACCUUUAUUGGAUAAUGGAGAGAGAAGCAUGAGCUUCUUGUGAUCAUUAGUUUUUAAAAUGCCCCUUAAGUUGAAAAAUGGUCAUUUUUGUUAGUCUUAUUCUGACUGAUUUCAUUUUUGGCGAAAAUCCAUCAUGCAGUCAUUGCACCUCAGUUCAAAAGAGAGUGUGAGUGUUUUAUUUGUUACCAGUUCUUGUUUGAAUUGUCUGCCCAUGCCAUGCCGUGGAUCGAGUUGCAUUCACCUACCUUCAACUAAAAGCGCUGGUCUUGAGGUUUCCUUUUACUUGCUUUUGCUGCUCUAUUUUUUUGCUUGUGUUAAAUCAAUAUUUGUUUUUCGUCUAGAACUACUGGUCUGUAUACCAAGACUCUAGCCAAGAUCAUCUACCGUGACAUGACUCGUUUCAGUGUGGUGUUUCUGAUCGUCUUCAUCGGAUUUUGUGGCGCCAUGUUUAUGGCGCUGAAAGCCACAGGCUCGCAAGAACUCUUUACGUGAGGUUCUUUCCUAUAUUGUUUAAUACAUGGUUUUUUUUUCUCCUGCCUUUUAAUCAAGAGCCCAACCCCUUAAUUGAAUAAAAAGGUCAACGAAGGGUUACGAUAGGUUACGAAAAUCGUUGAGAAUUGGCGGAAGUCCACGAGAAUCCAUGAGAAAUCACGCUAAGAGCUUACGAAAAUUGGUUCGAAAAUAUAGCUGCAACGUCAAGAGUUUACGAGGGCUUACGAAAAUUGACGAGAGGAGUUGAAAGGCCUCCACCGGAACAAAAUGAGAGAGUGUACAAGCUCAACAAACGUCAUUUGCGGGCACAUGAGAUAAUAACUGAAAUUAUUAUUUUCCUCAACGUUCGCAGUAAUUACGCCUGGUUGAUGUUAGCGGCCGUACGAGCGCUUGUUGAGCAGCAACCGGCUGAAGAAGACUACUCGAAGUUCAGGUAAGCGAAGUUUUCGCGUUAAUACAUACUCUAUCGUUUUUCAGAACGUUAGACUUUGUUGGAAACGUGGUAAAUACAUUGCUUGCUUUAGAAUGUGUUGCUUAGGAACCAAACGCAAUAGGCGCUGGAAGUAUUCGAUCGAAAACUUGGUGCUGUUUCCUGGCCAUUACACUAACUGCUGUUGGGUGCAGUGUGUCUGGUAACUAUAGAGGUGAUUACGUCACACGUUGCUAUGGUCACAUGGAGUGAGCUGUCUGCGUUAUUGACAAAAAUUUUGUUUUUUGUAAUUGUUGCUUUUUUUCGGUUUUGUUUAUUUUUGUUUUGUGUUUUCAAUUUCCAGCCUCCAUCUAUAAGAGGCUCUAUUUAGUGUAACACGAAGCAUAACUUGUACCCUGUUCUUCCUUUAUUCCAGCUGGUUAGCGAUACUCAUUCUCCUGGCCUACAUGGCGAUGGUGAUUGUGAUUCUGCUCAAUGUUCUUAUCGCACAGUUGAGUUACACGUACAGCGAAGCUAAAACCAACGCAAAACUGCAAUAUGCUAUCGAUCGAAUGCGAAUUGUCACGCGCCUGGAGCACAGCAGAUUUGCCAGAUUUGUAAGUACUCCUGAAUUGUUAUCAAUUUUGAAUUGGCUUUCGGUUGCUUUUUUUCUUUUCAUAUUAUCUUUGUUUGAACGUUUGCUCAUGUUUUCAGUAGACUUUUGUAAACUUAACCCUUUAACUCCCAAGAUCUCAUUAGUAAUUCUCCUUACUGUCAGCCAUAUAGUUCUUGUGAUGUUAAUUUGGAGAAUUUGGUAUUGGAUCAACUAAUAAUCCCCUAAUUGAUAUUUUUCUUUAUUCUCAUCUCGUGUCUGCUUGAUAUUGUAUUGAUAUUUUGUGGAGAAAUUCUGUCUUCGUCACUCAUGGGAGUUGAAGUGUUAAAAGGAAUAGUACGCUACGAUAUCUUUAGACACUGCACUGCCAAAAAUUAACCUCAGCGCAAGAGAGAAAAAAAAAUCUUUUUUUUGGUUAGAUAGAAAAACACUAAAGAGGCUAUGUUUAACCACCAAAGAGAAAGAAUGGCAAAUUAUGGAGAAGAUUAAAACAGAUUGCAUUUGACGAACUUGUAAGAUGAAGUUUAUAUUGUUGAACAUAGUCAAACCGUGACCAGUGUCCUUGAGACAUUAAAAACUGCGAGGCGUCUCAUCAUUACUACUGACCGCUGUGCAUGGAAACAACAGUAACUGCAGCGACAAUAAAAAACGAUUCUAUGAACAAACGAGAUUCUUGUUGUUUUUUUUUUUGUCUUUCAGAGUUUAAGAGUGAAAUACUACAAGCAGGGCGACAGAGUCAGUGAAACAGAACUGGCCAAAGGUUUGCAGCUUUUGCGUUGAUAUAGAAAGAAAGCAAAUCUUCAUAACAAUUGAAGGACCUUUCGGUAUAACUUGUUAUUUUGCGACGAGAGAAUUGAAAUUUCGAAAGCGGAACCGUUCUGCCUAAAUUUCUGUUUGUUUUUUACCUCCGUUUAGAGAUGCUGGAGUACAGUGAUGAAAGACGACCUUGGGAAUCAAUGGAGGAGAAACUGACUCUUAUCAGGUUUGUAAUUUAUUUAGUUAUAUUCAUUUCAUCUUCUCUGUACAGCAGCUUGAAGAAUUCCAUUUAUACUGCCAGGAAAAAAACGCGAAUGAUUUCCUAAAUUUCGUAAGAUUUGGUUUAAAAUUUGAACCUCUCCAAGUGGAUUAACACGGAUUUGUGCAGAGAAAAUUUGAAGCCGAGCGUGAUUAUAUGCCUGCAUUGCCCGUCGAAACAUUCCGCUUAAAAAAUUAUGUCUUCAAUAUUUGAGUUUCUGAGAUGUAAUAAACCCCAUUUCAUCAGCCCAACCAUAAGUCCAAAGGUUUUUGAAUGAGCUUAUUAAUGGAUAAACAUCUGCGGUGUUAAAAAUGUUCUUGGUUGUACUUUGGACAAACCGCUUCGUCAAAUGCAAUUUUGAAACACGUUUAUUUCCAACGUUUAUGAGUCAGCCCUUCAUGACGGACUUUUAAGAAUAGCUUACAAGUUUACUCUCUAAGUUCUAUCUUUCCGCCAUUUUUUCUUUCGCAGAGACCUGAUGAGAAAGGUUGUGCGAAAAGUUUCCGAAAAAUCGGAAUGA